AUGCUUCCUCUCCCUCAGCCUCCUUGGAUGCGUAACUAUCGCAGGAAAGUGCCCAGUAUCAUCGCCAGUAUCCGAAAUCACCCUGAAGGAGUGGCACCAACUCUUGAGAGUAUCCCGCAAAUCGAUGAAUCCUUGAAGGCGACCGAGCCGUUUUCCCCCUUUUCCACUCUUAUUCGCGAUAUGCAAGAAACCGAGUUCAAGCGCUGGGAUUUCGUCAUAUUUCGCUCUGUUUAUACUGAAAAAUCUCAGACUCAGUGGGAGAGCUACAUCGAGUUCUUGAAGGCAACAGUUGAGGAUAAACUCAAGCAUUUGGAGCUUUGGACACUCCUCGAACUACACCUUGAAUGGAUCAUCAUGGAAGAUUGCGAAACUCUCAAUAAUGCGUCGAAGGACCAGGUACGUGAUCAGUUUUGUCAGUGGGCCUCUGAGCGAUCCGUUGAAAGAGAUGGUGCCGGAGCAGAGGAUCCAUUAGCGGUACUUCUUCCAAGAUACCGAUAUUGCAUCUAUGUUGACCAGAAAUGUCUCGACACCGUUGAUCAAUACGCCGCCUGGGUCGAGGUAGGCGCUGAAGGUCAUGAGAGGGUUGUCGCCUGUGUCGUGCUGGAUGGGAAAUGCGAGCCCGGAGGCCGAGGCAGAAAUGGAUAUCCCUCUAUCGAAGGAUGUACCAAGGAAUACACAGGCUGGAUUUACACGGGCGUAGAAGGAAUUGCCGGGCUCUACGACACACUCUUUCAUGAAGAGCUGGAAGAACAAGACUCCCCAAGACCGCCUGGGGUAAUGCUCAGCAGAGACUUAAUGCCCAUUGAUUAG